UUUGAACCAUUUUGCUUCUCUCACCUGCACAAGCAACUCAUUGCUUCUCCCUCUGAAAAGUGGCUCCUGUCUCUCUCUUCUUUCUCUUCUCUGUCUGAGGGCCUUCUUUUUUUUUUCUCUCUCUACAAUUUCUUUGUUUUGAACCUCAGGAGAAAAGGUGAAAAAUAGAGGGGAAAAUCAUGUCUUCACCAAGCAAACGCAGAGAGAUGGACUUGAUGAAACUGAUGAUGAGUGAUUACAAGGUGGAGAUGAUCAAUGAUGGCAUGCAAGAGUUCUAUGUGCAUUUCCAUGGACCCAGUGACAGUCCUUAUCAUGGAGGUGUUUGGAGGAUUAGAGUUGAGCUUCCAGAUGCUUAUCCUUACAAAUCUCCCUCAAUUGGCUUUGUUAAUAAGAUCUACCACCCAAAUGUUGAUGAAAUGUCCGGAUCAGUGUGUUUAGAUGUUAUCAACCAAACCUGGAGCCCUAUGUUCGAUCUGGUAAACGUGUUUGAGGUGUUCCUUCCGCAACUUCUUUUGUAUCCCAACCCAUCAGAUCCAUUAAAUGGAGAGGCUGCAGCUCUAAUGAUGCGUGACCGAACUGCUUAUGAACAAAGAGUUAAAGAAUACUGUGAAAAGUAUGCUAAGCCAGAAGAUGUGGGAGCUGCACCAGAAGAGAAAUCAAGUGAUGAGGAGGAGCUGAGUGAAGAUGAGUAUGACUCUAGUGAUGAGGCAGUGGCAGGGCAGGCAGAUCCAUAGAGGUGCAUGGCCUUCUCUGUUUUAAGACACUGUAAUCUGUACAUGAUGUCUUAACUCUCUCUGUACCAAACCAAACUCACACAAAAAAGACAUAUUGGGGAGGAAAAAAAAAAAAAUCAUUCCGCAUCUUUAAUUAACUUCCUUCCUCCCCCCAUGUAAAUAAAUCUACUUUCAUGGCAAUCUAUCUUUUGUUGGUACUCCAACAUGGGCAUGGUUUCUGAUAUUCAAGGCAGGGCCAUUCAGACA